UAAUCCACAAAGGAAAGAAAAGGAGACACCACAACCACCGCGCUACACGAGCGCGAUUCUCCCCAACGGUGCGUCGCGUUGGCCACGAAGCCGGCCGUGCCGCCCCACCCGCCUGGCCACCUCCAUGGCAUCCGUCUACACCGCGCCUCGCGCGCCCCUCCCCGCCUUUUCGUCGUCGCGACAACUGGACCCGAACCCUAGCCGGUUCCUCGCCACGCGCCGGGGGCAGCGCCUCCGCGUCCGCCGCCUGGCGGGCGCCGCGCCGACGUGCCGCCGUUCCGAUGCCACCGCUUCGGUGUUCCGGUGCUGCGCGCGCAGCUCGGAGGCCGCCGACUCCGGCGGCGAGCGCCGGCGCCGUGGAUGGGACGCGCUCUUCCACGAUGCCUUCCAGGGCGCCGUGCGGCGGUGGAGCGAGUACGUCAGCAAUUACUGGCCCCCAACCCCCGGCUCGAAGGGGGCAGUCCCGGGGAAGAGGACAGAGAGUUCUCACGAACUGGAGGUGAUAGGAGGGGAGUUGGAGGAAGACGAGGAGGAGAUGGAGGUGGAGGAUGAAGAGGGGAAGUGGAGCUGGAUGAGGUGGAAGCAGCACUUUGCUCUUGUGGAGGAGAGUGAGCGCCUUGUCGAUGAACUGAAGUUACAACUCCGGACUGCUGUAUAUAGAGAAGACUAUAGAAGUGCUCACAAACUGAAGUUGGCUAUUGCUGCUACGUCAAGAAUUGAUACUGUUGGCAGAUCAAUAUCUGACUUGCAUCGGGCCAUAGUAGAGGAGCGCUAUAUGGAUGCAGCUCAUAUUAGAGAUCAUGCUGGUGCAGGGCUGUUGGGCUGGUGGUCGGGGGUUUCUGGAAAUCUAUCUGAUCCAUAUGGUCUUAUAAUUCGUGUAAGCGCUGAACAUGGUCGGUAUGUGGCAAAAAGUUAUGAUAUCAGGCAGCUGGCAUCAGACGGCCCUGGUUUCCCUAUAUUUGAAAUUUAUUUUGCAGAGGCAAAUGGACGAUACAACCUGCAGGCAGUGCAUCUGAAACCAGAUGUUAGUGAUUCUGACCAGCUGCCAAAUAUGUUGAGUGGAAAACUAGACAUCAACAGUAUAAGCAUAUCUAGCAGUUCCUUAGGUGCUAAACAGGAGGAACACGAUGAAGGAAUAAACGUGGAUGACCAAAACAGCGAUGAUAGUGAUGUUUCUGCUGGGCCAGCUGGUUUGAAAAACUUGUCAAAUGAUUCACCUCCAGUUCCUAGGAUCAAAAUAUUGAAAAUGGCGCCCAUGGAAAAUAUCAACCAAGAUUAUAUAAUCAAAAUCUUUGACCAGAUUUCAGAGGAAGAUGAUGAUAAUGAUGAUGCAGAGAUUGAGAACGAAUCUUCACAAGAUAUUGGUGAUGAAGAUAACAAUGAAGGGGCAGAAACAAUUUCUGCAGAAGAGAAUAAUAACGAGUCUGGUGAGGAGAGCGAUAUUGAAGCCUUAGUUUCAAUUGGAAUUGAAAUUGAGAAUGACAAGGAUUUUGCUUCUCAGUCAUCACCUAAAACCUUUGAACGCUUGCCAGCUAGAUUAGAAAACAGGGACCGAUUUUCAUUUUCUUUCUAUACUGAACAAUUUAGUAAGAAACACGAUGCAGAAAGGGCUCAGCAGAUUCCUAAGGAAAGAGUUGGCUUCCGAACUACUGAGCAGGAUGAUGGUCCCAAGUUUGAUCCCGUUAAGUUGGUUGGUGGCAACAGGAAACUGCCGAUGCUGCAACUUGGCAUUAAGCAACAUAGUAACAAGGUUCAGCCAAAACUAUAUGGAGUUACCCACUUCAGCCGAAUUCAAGCGCCCAUGUCUUCAGAUCCUCUCAGUGGCUUAUAUGAGACUGCAUCUGGAUUUGACUCGGAAAUUCUUAGUUUACAACGGAAAUUUGGUCAAUGGCGGGAGGAUGAUUCAUCUGAGGAGGACAGGGAUCUUAAGUUCUAUGAGUAUGUUGAAGCUACAAAGUUGACUGGGGAUAAUCUUGUGCCGGCGGGUCAGGUUGUCUUUCGUGCAAAAGUUGGCAAACACUAUCAGCUUCCUCAUAAGGGCAUUAUUCCUAGAGAACUCGGAGUGGUUGCUAGGUACAAGGGGCAAAGGAGAAUUGCAGAUGCUGGUUUCCAAAAUCCUCGGUGGGUUGAUGGCGAGCUUUUGAUACUAGAUGGGAAGUUCAUCAGAGAUGGUCCUGUGAUAGCUUUCUUUUACUGGACUUCAAAUCUCCAUCUUUUUGAAUUCUUUAGGCGGUUGAGUCUUCCUGACUAGUUUCACUUGAAAAGGUGCAGUUCAAGGUUCUUCCGAGCAUGGUAGAAGAUAAAGUAAUUCAGGAUAAGCAUGCUAUGGUGUCCUGCUUGGUCUUUAUGCAUGUCUUGUUGAGUUAGUGAAGAAUAGUUCAUUACUUCAGUUGUUCCCCGAGAAUCUGAUCAUGUGUAUGCAACUAUUCAUAGGUUCUUAAACACAUCAUUUCACAUUGUCAGCAGAGAGCCCUUUAGGUGCUCGCUCUGUGCCAUUGCUGGAACAGGACCUUGCUAGCCCCAUUAUGCUUAUAAGUAGCCGCCGGAGCAAAAUGAGUGUUCGUCUAGUUUUUCUUGACUUGUUGGUAUAUGUUGGAGGAACUAUCAAACAACUCCCCUCAGUCCAAGGGCUGUUAUGUCCCUGGAGGUUACGGAGGCACGAGCUUCCGGUCAUUUGCCGUCUGACGGUGACGGUGAGGACACUUCCGGAGGUCUCCAUACAUUACCACUUGAUCAGUCAGAUCUGUGGGACCCCCAGGACAGGAACUCACUUUCGGCAGAUGCGUGUAAUCUAGUACCAACCCCAGGUAGACUCUUCUGGCCCUACAUUUAGUCGCCCCAACAGAUGCUAUCCUAAUAAUUUGUACAAGGCCAUGAGCCUAUAAAUGCCCAUUGUAAGCCUGUAACUGAAACUUAAUCUGCUCAAGGCCUGUGAACUUUAUGGCCCUCAGGGAUGGGAUCCUCACCAAGAGGCAACCCAAAACCCGAGCCAGGGGUACACAGACAGAAGAUGAGCAGUGUGCCUUCAUUUGCACCUGAAUCUGUACAAAUUUCCUGCUCACUUUCACGCACGGACUGGUCUUCCCAAUUCGGAGUCCAUCUCUCGCCCAUUUCUCGGUUUUUACCCAUGACAUCAUUCAUUAUCAUGCAUGAUCAUGUGAUGUACUUUAUCGUCAUUCAAAUUUUAGUGAAUGUCUUCACUCCUAUAAAAGACUCCAAUUGGUGGCGUUGCUCCGUCACCUUCGGUUUGCGUCACUUGUUGAUUUUGCACAAAUCAUUGGAAUAUGAACGAAUAUGUAUUAUCUUAUGUAAGAUAAUAAGAUAAUAGAUAGUAGUA